UGAUCAAAAAUCGAACCAACAGAAAACCACGCUUAACGCUAUGAAAAUCACCGAUUUAGGUCUCCGAAAUGGCAGUCAUCCGCGAACAUUCAUUACGCUGCUAUUUGGCACCGUGCUGGGCUUCAUGUUUGCUACUUUCAUAUCAUCCACAACGGUGCGACAACCGUGGAUGCCAGAAAGUUACCGGCAACGUGAGCCACCGUCAGUGGUGAGUGAUCCACACACGGGCAAUGAGCUACGGGAAGCAGCUGGCCCGGAACAGGAUGUUGGUCAGCAUGCUGCCCACGAAGAGGUCCAUGCGCAUGAGAAUGCAUCCAUUGCGCAACAGCUACAACGGGAGGUUCGUGUCCUGUGCUGGGUGAUGACUAAUCCGAACAAUCACAAGUCGAAAGCAUUACACGUCAAACGCACGUGGGCUGGUCGCUGUAAUAAAGUGCUGUUUAUGAGUUCAGUUGAAGAUCCUCUUAUUGGCUCGGUGGCAUUGCCUGUCGGUGAAGGUAGAAAUAAUCUUUGGGCAAAAACAAAAGAAGCAUUUAAGUACAUCUAUCAACAUCACCUGGAUGAUGCUGAUUGGUUCAUGAAGGCAGACGAUGAUACGUAUGUGAUUGUGGAAAAUUUACGGUACAUGCUUUAUUCUUACUCGUCGAGUCAUCCAAUUUAUUUCGGAUGUCGAUUCAAACCGUAUGUUAAGCAGGGCUACAUGUCCGGUGGUGCGGGAUACGUGCUGAGCAAGGAAGCGGUGAAGCGCUUUGUGGAGGAUGCCAUACCCAAUCCUGCCUGUCGGCAGGACGAUGAUGGGGCCGAGGACGUAGAGAUGGGCAAGUGCAUGGAAGCGGUAAAAGUGUUGGCCGGCGAUUCCAGAGAUUCAAUUGGGCGGGGAAGAUUUUUCCCGUUCGUGCCUGAGCAUCACCUAAUUCCAAACCAUGUGGACAAGGACUUUUGGUAUCUGAAAUACACGUACUACAAACCGGAUGAGGGUCUCGAAUGUUGUUCGGAUAAUGCAAUAUCUUUUCACUACGUGUCGCCUAAUCAAAUGUAUGUGCUAGAUUAUUUGAUUUACCACCUACGGCCGUACGGCAUUGUUGGCCAUUCUCAGCCAUUACCAAAGAAGCUAAGCUUAGGUGACAUUGUGCGGGUAGAUGAUCUAGGAAAAACAACCACCAAACCAGCAAGUCAACAACAGCAACAACAACGACGGAACAAACACGUCCAUGGUCAAGCGGUUGAUGAAAAUCAGAAGGACGUUACUUAUAGUGAUAAUAAUGAAAAAGAACCAAAUACCUAAUAAGAUCUAGUUGAGUAGGUUGCUAGGUACCAAAAUUUCUAUCA